AGUCAAGAGAGAGAGGACACAGAGAGAGAGACAGAGAGAUAUCAAUCCAAACUGUGGUUCCAGUACUGGACUCUUCAUAUUGGAAAUCAGCCAUUCAAGAUAUAUAAAUAUUCACAGUAUUUUGUGUUUAUUUCUUCUUAAUCCAGUCUGACUCCAAUGGAGGGGUAGAAUAGAUUUGGAUAAGGAUGAUCUCUGCUGUUAAAAUGAAUACAGUGAUACUGUGGGACGAUGGAUAGUCAACAAAGGACAAACCAUACUAUGGCCACUAGUGAACCUGACCCUUAUAAUGAACCCCAACCUGGGGACCUCAUUGAGAUCUUCAGACCAGCGUAUCAACACUGGGCGCUCUACCUGGGAGACGGAUACAUCAUCAACCUUACGCCAGUUGAUGAGAGUCAGGCGGCUGCCAUGUCCAGUGUGAAGUCGGUGUUCACUCGGAAGGCCAUAGUACGAAUGCAGCUCCUGAAGGACGUGGUGGGGGGAGACACUUUCCGAGUCAACAAUAAAUAUGACAACAGUCACACGCCCUUGCCCGUCUCUGACAUAAUUCAGCAAGCACAGCUACUGAUUGGGCAGGAGGUGUCAUAUGACCUGCUGGGCAGUAACUGUGAGCACUUUGUCACCCUACUGCGAUAUGGCGAGGGCGUAUCUGAGCAGGCUAAGCGUGCUAUAGGAGCCAUAAGCUUGGUGACAGCAGCGGCAAGUGCCUUCUCCGUGCUUGGUCUGAUCAACACUCGCUCCAGGAACCGACCUUUCUGACUUUAAAACCUCUAAAUAAGUCAAAAAAUUAAUCCCAGCUUAACAAUAUAGAUAUUGUGACCUUUAUUAUGAAAUCAGUUCUGUUUGCUAUGACAACUAAAGUGCUACAUUUCUGACCAUUUGAAUAACCUAAUCUUAUGCUUUUAAAUCUGACAUGCUUUGUAACAGUAUUUGAAGUGUUAUAUUUAUUUCAUAAAAAUAUAUAAUAAAGAUUUAAAACCUUUUUCCCCCUCUUCUGUAAAAGGGGUUUUAAGCUU